AUGGCGAAUGCAGCUUGCCACUUUAAUUACCUCGCCUACCAACCGUCGACUGAGUGGAAAUGCGAGCCCUACCCUUUUUUCUCCCCGACGUCCCCGAAAGCGUUCGCCAUCUUUCACCCGUAUUAUUACGUGGACCCUCGGCCGCGGCCUAGACAGCGUUCACGACCCCGACACCGACACACAAAGACACACCCGCCACAGUCACGCUCGCCGCAACACUCCUCACCACAGCCGUCGCCGCCACACCAUUCCUAUCAUUCACCUAUACGCUCAAGCACUGCUAAUUCCGUAGAUACUUCAACGCAAUCAAAUCAUCACCAUCAUCACCACCACCACCGUCACCAUCAUCAUCGCCGUCACCGAGACUCUAGAUCACCUUCUCACCAUAAAGCGCGCCACCACCAGGUCGAAGAGGAGAACCACUAUCACGAGCCGCAACGCAUACCUCUUCACCGAGAUCGCAAUCGUCGACAUCGUGGUCGAAGCCAAGAAUUUCUCGACGAAGACGAAGACUCGCUUCACGAGCCGCACUGCACGCAGUACCAAAGAAGUCAUUCACAACUGUCGCAGCAUUACCAGCAGCCCAAGAAUCUGCCCGAGAGAGAGUCAGACUCCGAAGAUUCAUUCCACGCCCCACAUUGUCAACAGGGGCAGAAGUAUAGGCGACCUCGACGGGUUCAAGUCCUGCAAAAUCAUCGCGAAGCGAACGAUAGCGACUGCUCCUAUCACAAGCCCGACUGUCCAUUCCAGAAGCAAAAUCAGUCUGCUCAGCAACAGAAACAGAUUCAGCCAGAAGUUCCACCCCGCGCGCAGACACCUCUUUCUGCAACACCUCAGGAAGACAGCGAUUCGUACCACGAACCCCACUGCUCCCACUAUCAAAAGAAGCACCAGCAGCAGCAGAAACUUCAACCACCGCCAAAAAGUGACUCGCAACAGCCAGAACUAAAUCAAGUCAGUGACGACGGCUCCUACCACGAGCCGCAUUGCAGUCAAUAUCAGCAAAAGAGAGCUCAAAAACUCCAACAGCAACAAGCCAAGUCCGGUGAAGAGAGCGACAAUUUUCGAAAGACUCAUUCCCGGUUUCAGGAUCACACUCGUUCACCGUCGCGUUCCGACUCGAAGGAAGAAUGUGAUGACAACGAAUCUUUUCACGAGCCAAACUGUCCCUAUCAGAGUCAACAAAGCUUACGGACAGUCACUUCCCCUUCGCCCGAAGACAAGGAUUCUGAUAUUAAAGACAACGAUUCGUAUCACGAGCCCUACUGCAGCCAAUACCAAGCUCACAAACAGGCCAAGCAGCAACAGCAAGCAAAAGCAACAACUGACGACUCCGAGGAUCUGCAAGAACCCUCACCUUCCACACUUCAAAGUAAAGAUUCAAGGCGUACUGACGUUGAGUCUGACGAAUCAUUCCACGAGCCGCACUGCAAGUACUCCUCCAAUCAGUACAUUAACUAUCCCCUUCCAGUCCAGAUUGAGAGACCAACAAGGGCUCCUCCAGUUCCACCUCAGUCUUCGCAAAACCAAACCUAUGUCAACCAGGUUGAACCUUACUACCGGUUGACCGACGACAACCUUUACAUCAAUACUGUUGCUUUGGCUAACUCCCUUCUGCUUAACGAACUUGAUCAGCAGCAGAAAAACCAGCGUCAGCAGCAGCAACAGCAAGGAGCCAAACACCCUCCAGAGACUCUUGUUGCAGCAUUCGAUCAGUCAUCUGAGGGUUUAUCACAGCCAAGUUCUUCACAACGCACCAGCCACCCUCCAGAGGUGCACCAAACAUCUACUCGAGCAAAGCAGCAUCGUUACGCUACUCACAAACCACGAUCUCGUACUCGCUUCGCUCCAGCAUCCGGACAGGAAACUCCUCCAUCACCUGUUCACCAAACGCCUUCACCAUCACCUAAAACACCAUCACCACACUCACCCCAAAGUCCAUCACAACGCUCUCUUUCUCCUGUUUCACCAGCAUCCCCUCCUUCGCCGCCAUCUCCUCCUAGGGCACCCACUCCUCCAACUCCCACAUCCUUCUCGCUUCCAUCUCAUUCUCCGAAUUUCUUCUUCUCUCAACCUCACUCGCCGACGUCUCGCUCGGAGUCAGUAUCUCUUCCUCCUCUAUCUCACUACAUUCCCGCCUUUUCUCACCUGCUUCCUCUUUACACUGCCAACGGCACUCGUCAUUCUGUUGGCGAACUCAACGACUAUCACCAUCUGUUACGGUGGCCGGGCGACCUUCUCCGCCACCAGGUCCUACCUCGAUCUGCCGACUUUGCUCCUCAUUUGGUGCGACAAUUUCUUUUCCCGCCUCACCACUUAGAGGCGGCCGUGACUUCUUGCUACGCACAUCCUUCGUAUCACUGCGCUAGUCACAUUACGAUGGGGAACAAGCUAUCUUGCUCUUGUGCUCCCCUCAUGAAGAAAGCUGGGUAUAGAUAUGAAGACAGUCCUUGGAAUCCUGGCAAACGUAGAGACGGGCACCUACUCAGGUUGUGGGCCGAAGUGUUUCACGUAUCCUCGAGUGGUGCCGGCACUGUCAAGUGGCAACAAGUGUCCGAGGAUCUCGUACCUGUCAACAUAACCUGUAUUCAGGACACGCCUGAGUGUGUCUUCCACAUCACGGCCUACAACUCACAAGUCGAGAAAAUUCUUGAUGUUCGACUUAUUCAACCUGGCACGCGUAUCGGGCAGGCGUCGGAGUGCUUCGUCUACUGGAAGGAUCCCGCCACCAAUGACACCUGGGGCCUCAACUUCACCUCGCCCAUCGACGCUAAGGCCUUCCGCGAGUGUUGCUCGCCGUCGUUCAAGUUCUCGCGCAAGGCCUCGUCUUCGUACUCUCUGAAGCUGGACCACGGUCGAGGUGGUAACGCUACGCAGGCCGGCCAGACGAGCGGCAAGGGCGUUGCCAAAGGGCGACGUAAGCCCGUAAGCACACCCGCGUCGCCCUCGCGCUCAGGUCGAGAGCCGCAAUGCACCUGCAUGACAGCCGAGCAGUACGCCAGGCUGCGAGCGCAAGACCCCAGAUUCCGAGGCGUGUCGACUCUGCCGCGGCCGACGCAGGGCCAAGGCAGGAGUGGUGAGGUCGAAGCCAGAACUGGUCAGGCCACUGCCACCGCCAACCAUGGUGCGCAGUCGUCUCAGGUACAGCAACAGCAACAACAGCAAUUGCAGCAGCAUCAACAACAACAGCAGCAGCAGCAACAACAACAGCAACUAUCACAACAGCAGCAAUCUUCUAUUUAUGACACAGUUGCGUCGCGUCGUGGUGUCGUGGACAGUUACGGAGCUGGGCGAGGGCGCUCGGCCCUUCACUCGUCGCAGGUCUCCCUCCAGCAGCAGCAGCAGAAGGCCUCUUCCAUGCCCCGUCGUGAGGUUGAGGCCAUGAGAGGUGGCGCUGGUGGGGCUGCCGACAACAGGAGCCUCCGCGGCAGCCGGCGCGACAUCGCCUCCAAGAGCGUCGACUACUCGGAGAUGGACAACGCGCAGGACUCCGACACCCUGAGACGUCGCGCCCGCAGUCGCAGCACUGACGACGUCACUAAAGGUGAAAUGAGAGUCAGCAGCGGCAUUCUUAAGAAGAUGUUAAAGCCUAUUGACACCGAGCAAGAGGAACCCUGGAUACGGGGCGGCAGUGGUGGCUGGCGGCAGUCGAGCGAAGCUUUUCUUUCAUCUGAAGAUCUUGCUGAGUCGCCCUCUUCUGAGCACCAGCUUUACGACGCUAACUGCUACGCCACGACGCCAUCACCAAGUAACUCAGAAGGCGGAGGUGGCAGCGACUCUCAAGCACCUGCGGAUGAGUCGCCGACGACGCAGCUGCUGCAGGAGUACGAAAUGCACCUGCGCAACACGCUCGCAAAGGGCAUGGAUGCUGAGAGCUACAGCCUGCAUACCUUUGAACAGCUCCUUACACAGAGCAUGGAGAACCUCGAGCGCGCCGGAGCGAUGCAUUCAUCUCUUUCGCUCCAACAACAAAAACAACAAAUACACCAACACUACCAACAAAAACUGUUGCAACAGAAACAAUUACAACUGCGCAAACAGCAACAACAACAACAGCAACAGCAGCAGUACCAACAACAAUUCCAAGGACCUCACGUUAAAAUCCAUCCUCCCAGCGAGAGCGGCAAAAGGAUGAUCGAAGGCGGCCCCGGUGGGGUGGGUGGCGGGAAGGCAGUUGGCGGUGAACGCGGUGCCGACCGGCGGGAUGAGCGGCCCGGUGAACACUCGGGCUACUUUAGCGACCGCAAUGAAUCUUUCGGCAGUCGCCGUGACCUUUACGAUCGCGGCUACACCAGCGACCACGACCGCCGAUUUUACGACCGACAAGACAGCGUGCGUUCAGGGUACACUAGCGACCACGAGCGCGGCUACGCGAGCGACCGAGACUCCCGCGGGUACGUUAGCGAUCGCGCCGGCGGGGCAAUGACGGACAGAGAACGCGGGUACAUGAGCGACCGUGAACGCGGCUACCUCAGUGACCGUGAACGCGGCGGCUACACGAACAACCGUGAACGCGGAUACUUCAGUGACCGUGAACGCGGUUACAUGAGUGAUCGUGAACGCGGCUACAUGAGUGACAGGGAACGUGGCUACAUGAGUGAUCGCGACUCACGGGGCUAUGCCAGUGACCGUGAGCGUGGAUACUACAGCGACCGUGAGCACACGGCGCUCAUUGCUCAAGCGUCCAUGGAGAGCACAGACUCACGUCUCUGCUAUCUCACUUCGUCUGAGUACUUCAGCACACAAACGGCGACGCAGUACCUCGGCACACAAACAGCGACGCAGUACCUUUGGAUGGCCGUGCCACAUGGAUGGCCGUGCCACAUGGAUGGCACCGCCACAUGGAUGGCACCGCCACAUGGAUGGCACCGCCACAUGGAUGGCCGCGCCGCAUGGAUGGCACCGCCACAUGGAUGGCACCGCCACAUGGAUGGCACCGCCACAUGGAUGGCACCGCCACAUGGAUGGCAUCGUCACAUGGAUGGCACCACCACAUGGAUGGCACCGCCACAUGGAUGGCCGCGCCGCAUGGAUGGCACCGCCACAUGGAUGGCAGCGCCGCAUGGAUGGCACCGCCGCAUGGAUGGCACCGCCACAUGGGUGGCACCGCCACAUGGAUGGCACCGCCACAUGGAUGGCUGUGCCACCAGCACCAUGGACGUCUCUCAUACGAGCUCAAGCUGUUAA